UUAUUUAGACCAAAACCUCUCAUGAACUUGAAUGCUAAGACACUGGCAAAGAUUAAACACAAUCAACCAAAUUAAGGACAACUCGAAAAAAAAAAAUUAACAAAGCAGAGAGCUGAAAUCUCCAUUCUAUUCUCCUCCAAUGACUGCUCGGCUUUUCCAAUUGGUCAUUCUCUUAAUCCUACUCCCUCUCCUCCAAUCACGUCCCCACGCUUCACAAUCCACCAAUAUUUAUCUCCCCCUACAAAUCACCACUCUAUCCGUCGCCGAUUUCGGCGCCACCGGCGACGGCCUUCACUACGACACUCGCGCCAUCCAAUCUACCAUCGAUGCUUGUCCCACCACCUCCUGCCGUGUUUCCUUCCCGCCUGGAACCUACCUCACUGCCACUAUCCACCUCAAGUCCAACGUUAUUUUAGAUAUCCAAGAAGGUGCUACUUUAUUGGGAGGCACGAAGAUCCGGGACUAUCCGAAGGAAUUCGAUAGAUGGUACGUUGUCUUGGCGGAAAACGCGACUGAUGUGGGAAUUACUGGUGGCGGUGUGGUGGAUGGACAAGGGCUAAAGUUUGUGCAGAGAUUUAAUGAGGUGAAGAAUGUGAUGGUGAGUUGGAAUCAGACUGGGGCUUGUUUGGGAGACGAGUGUAGGCCGAGGCUUGUUGGGUUCAUUGGCUGUAGAAAUGUUCGUGUUUGGAAUAUUAGGCUGCGGGACCCUGCUUAUUGGUGCUUGCACAUAGUCCGUUGCCAUAACACGUCCAUUUUUGAUGUUUCCAUAUUUGGUGACUUUAAUACACCUAACAACGAUGGGAUGGAUAUAGAGGAUUCAAAUAAUACUGUCAUUACAAGGUGCCACAUUGAUACCGGAGAUGAUGCCAUUUGUCCAAAGACAUAUAAUACCCCCCUUCAUAACUUGACUGCAACAAACUGUUGGAUUCGAACGAAAUCUUCAGCAAUCAAGUUUGGCAGUGCUAGUUCGUUUGAUUUCAAGAAUCUGGUGUUUGACAAUAUCACUAUAGUUGAUUCUCACAGAGGACUGGCACUACAAAUACGUGAUGGAGGAAAUGUGAGCAACAUCACUUUUUCAAACAUAAACAUUACUACUAGAUACUAUGAUCCAUCAUGGUGGGGGAGAGCAGAGCCCAUUUACGUGACAACCUGUCCGCGGGACUCAAAUGCAAAAGAGGGCUCAAUAUCUGAUUUACUCUUCAUUAAUAUAACAGCAACUUCUGAAAAUGGUGUCUUCUUAUCAGGUUCUAAAGGUGGCUUAUUAAGCAACCUGAGAUUCAUUAACAUGAACCUCACAUACCGAAGGUGGACAAAAUAUACAGGCGGAUUGGUAGACUACAGACCUGGUUGCCAGGGUUUAGUUAAUCACAGUGCAGCUGGGAUCAUCAUGGAACACUUAGAAGGUUUGGAGGUUGAGAAUGUAUCUAUGAGAUGGUCGGAUAAUAAAAAGGAGCAGUGGGAUAAUCCUCUAGAUUUCAGGCCCUCAACUGUAAAUAACAUUUCAUUUUUCAAUUUCCAUUCUGGUUUAUAUAAAGAAUGAAUUGGUCUGAGAAACCAUGGGAGGAACUUCCAUCAUUGAUGUUAUUCUUGGAUAAAAUCCUGGAUUUUAAUUCCUGAUUCUUUUCCACAAAAUUUGGGACGCACAAGUCAGCAAGAUUGUUUGAAGAUUUGUUGUAUGACAUUGAAAAAAAAAGGUCUUUUCAUGUGUAAUAAAGGAUCUGAUUCUUCUUUU